AUGACUAUUACUGCCUCAAAUCCUGGUGGAAAAAGGCCAACCUCUGGGUCUGUAGAUGCUAACGUUAAAUGUGAUGGAGAUGGUUACAAUCACCUACCUUGUAAAUACUGUACAUCUGUUGGUUUAGAGUGCACAUAUGGAAAAAAUAAUGCUGGCCGUACAAAUACAAAUCAAUCACAGAUAGCAUCAUCUAGAGCCAAUGUCUCUUCUCAAUCUAAUCGUAAUCCUACUCGUUCAAAAUCAUCAUCUACGAUCAACGGUCAGCAAUCUACAACUCGUCAACGAAGAGUUUCUCAUACUCAAUCUAAUCAAAAUACGAAAACUACGAAAAAAUCGUCCUCUUCUACUUCGAACACGUCUUUUUCUAUUGUUACGUCUUCUUCGAAUACUAUUACAAACCAAAAUCGAAUUAUUCCUCAAGCGUUACCUAUACCCGAUAAUCUUUUUGAAUACAUGGUUAAAUUAUUCGUUUCUAUGUCUUCACAAAAUGAAGAUCAAAUUCGUCAACAAUUUAGUCAUUAUAUACCACAAUUUCAAGAUGAAAAUGAUUCAAUUCCGAAAUCUCUUAACGUAUAUGACAAUCAAAAAUUAGAUGAUUUAUCUCAAAGACUUGUUAAUUUGUAUUUCGAUAAUUUUCAUCCCUUAUUUCCAGUAUUACAUAAAGCUUUCUUUAUUGAAAGAUUUAGAGAUACAAAUAAAUCAAUGCCGCGAAUCUUAUUAUACGCAGUAUGUGCUAUAGGUUCAAAUUAUUUAGAUGAUGCGACCAUUAGAAAAGAUCAUUGCGAUUCACAAACUCUCGGUUUAGAAUAUUACGAACAUGCACAAGAAAAAGGUGAAAAAGGUGAAAAAAUUGAAAAAGUUGAAAAAGUUGACAAAGUAGAAAAAGUUGACAAAAUAGAAAAAGUUGACAAAGUAGAAAAAGUUACCGCUACAGCACUUUUACUCUUAGGUGUAUUUCAAUCUCGAAGUUUUAAAGGUUAUACUUAUACUGGGAUGGCCACGAUAUUUGCUACCGCGAUGAGAUUACAAGACAAGAACGCAUCCGAAGGCCUGUCCACACUUGAAAAAGAGGCUAGAAAAAGAUUAUGGUGGGGUAUUGUGAUUUGUAAUAACUUACAAUCAAUAGCCUUAAAUCGUAUAUCAACACUCUCAACUAGAUGUUGUACAGUUGAUUUACCCGAAUCCGAAUCAUCAUUUGCACAAGAUGAAUUUGAAUCAAAAUCCAUAGACUAUUUCGUACAAUAUCUUAAAAUUACAAAAAUAACUUAUGAAAUAUUAGAAUCUAGCUUAUUUGAGACUAAUGAAAGUAUGGAAACUAUAACAUCAAGAUUAGAAGAAAAAUUAAAUAACUGGAAAAAAGAUUUACCAACAUCUCUUCAAAUAGAAAAUUGUGGACCGUUGACCUUAUCGACGGAAAUAACAAUAGAUCACCUCCGGAUUUAUUUAUGCAUUCUUUAUAAUUAUGCAAUGAUUAGAAUUCAUCAUGGUAAUAUUACGUCAGACCACAGCAUGUUAACCUGUGCAAAAGCAGCAAAUAAUAUCACAACACUUACAAAUAAGAAUUUCUUGAUCAUGGCUAGUAGCACACCAUUUAUUAUUCAAUGUGCAAUUUAUGCAGGAUUUAUUCAUAUAUUAAAUCUCAAGAGACCAAUGUAUGCAAAUGAUGCAAAAAAUAAUGUUAUACAGACUCUUAAAUCAUUCCAAAAUAUGUUCUGUAUUUCAUCGUCACGAUAUAUGCAUUUAAACAUAAAAAAAUUGAUUGCGAUUUUCACUUCACAAUUAGAAUGUAUGACAGAUAUUUAUGAAGAAUUACUAAAUUCUGCUAAAGCAAUUUUAAAUUCAGUUUCUAGUAAUAAUUCCAACAAAUUUUCGAAUUGUAACGAAACUCAAACAUCUACAAGAUCACCACAAUAUUCACCAAUAUCUCCAAUACCUCCUUGGAUAUCGCAUCAAAAUCAUCAAACAAAUCAGCAACAACGUCAAUCAGUUUUUGCUACAUCACCUGCACCAUUAUCUCCAAUAGAUCCUCCGCCGUACGGACAUUCACAUAAUCAACAACCUUCUACGCAAUCAAGGCAACACGAAAAUACAACAAAUGUUUCAAAUUGGCAUUAUCAAUGGUCUCAAUCGCAGCAGCAUCAUCAUACACCUUCGCAUAAUACAUCAAUGUCACAAAAUCCUAAUGAUACUUCGACUUUAUUAGUUAUAGGGAAUUCGUCAGGUUCUUCAACUUCACCAUUAACUAUAGGUAGAAAUGCAACAUCUUCGUUAACAAUGUCGGCGUCAUCAUCAUUACCACCACUUGGAACAGCAAUACCAGCUACUAAUACAACAUCCCCAUCGUCAAUACAAUAUUAUUUAACAUCUAGUAAUACAAGUCCACCAUCUAAUAAUAUGGGUAUUAGUGGAAAUUAUGUUACGGGAACUGAAAUUUCAGGAGGAUUAGCUGGUAUAUCAUCGAUAGGAGGGAUUGGAAGCGAAAAUUCCGUUCCAAUGUUAGACUGUUUUUCGGGUACCGAAUAUCAUAAACUAAAUAUACCAAUUUUUUGGAACGUCCCACCCAAAUUACAAAAGAAAAAAUUGAAAUUACAAAAGGAAAAUUGGCAAAAUUUUGUUGUUGUCAAAAUUUAUCUUAUUAGUUUGGUUGGUUAA